AUGUUUGCCAAACUGUCCAUCGUUGCAGUCUGCAGCCUGCUCGCUGUAGCUUCCGCCAAACCACAUGUGCUCACGCCCGUUGGUCCUGCUGUUGUUACGGCCCAAAGUUCACAGGUGUUCGCCCGGACGUACAACGGUUUCGUGCCCUUCGCUGUUCCGGCUCCGGUUCCUGCUCCAGCCUUCCACUACCAUACACCCGCCUUCGUACUACCAGCACCACCACCCGCUCCAGUGUUCUAUCCACAUCCCGUCGUCUACAACCCACCAGUCCCGGUUCCGGUCCCGGUUCCGGCUGCCCCGGCUGCCGUACUGCCGACGGUGGUGGCCGCUGCACCCGCUGCCAAGCUGGUGGCCGCUGCACCGGUGGCGAAGGUUGCGAAGCUCGUACGACCCGGUCCAUUCCAUGCCACCUUCCGCUAUCGAUCAGUCGUUGCUUAA